AUGAACGAAAGAAGAAUGCAACUGGACGAUUGGCUGGACGAUCUCUGCGCCCGGUUCAUUUUGAAUCUUCCAUUAGCUGAUCUCGGGUCGAUCGAGCGAAUAUGCUUUCAAGUCGAAGAAGCACAAUGGUUCUACGAGGACUUUAUCCGGCCCCUCGACCCUGCCCUGCCUUCCAUGAACCUUCGAAAUUUCUCUGAACUCAUAUUUGCACAUUGCCCCAUACUCUCGGACUUCUCUAAAGGAAAGCAUAUGGCUGCUUUUGAGCAGUUCAUGAUGUACAAGAAACGAGUUCCUGUUCGCGGUGCCAUAAUGCUGAAUGAGGCCAUGGAUGCGGCGGUUCUGGUCAAAGGCUGGAAGAAGGGUGCCAACUGGAGUUUCCCAAGAGGUAAAAUCAACAAGGACGAAGACGACUUAGAUUGUGCGGUCCGUGAAGUCUACGAAGAGACUGGAUACCAUCUUGGCGAUGCCGGCCUUGUCCCCCAAGACCGGAGAGUAAAAAAGAUUGAGGUCAACAUGCGUGAUCAACAGGUUCACUUGUUUGUUUUUCGAAACGUGCCUAUGGAUACACAUUUUGCGCCACGAACGCGCAAGGAAAUUAGCAAAAUCGAUUGGUGGCUCCUCUCUGAUCUUCCUGCGUUCCGAAAGAAAGGCCAAGAACAGCAUGAGCCUAGCCAGAGUGCCAGUAAAUUCUAUAUGGUAGCUCCAUUCCUAGUACCUCUUCGGAAGUGGGUAUUGGAAGAGAAGAAGAGGGACGCAAAGAGACUCUCUAGCAACCAGUAUCUCUCAGCGGGAGGCAUUAGCAACGAUGAAAUGUUUACAGAAGACGACCCAGGAGCGGAAUCGGCUGGGCCAGCACAGCGUCGAGGAGAUCUUAAUCAUGGUAUUCCGGAUCGUGGCAGUCUAGAAGAUGCGAGCGCAGCUCUCAAUCGUCUCCUACAGAUUCAACAGCCGCCACAAGAGUUACAAGCUGGCCCGACUUCCAUGGCUCCUCCUGGUAACAAAGUAGGUGAGGCACUGCUAGCUAUACUGCACAGUCAUCCGGCACCUUCGAAUCAAUCACUCCCUCAGAAUGCUCCACCUCACACACCACUUGACCAUACACUUGGGCAACCUCAAAUGCCACCAACCCCUCAACAUUUUCCACCUAGACCAUUUGUUGCUCACAACAAGAUGCCACCUCCACCCGUGUUUCAGCCCACAACUUUCUCAUACCAACAACCACAGCAACAAGUACAUCACCAACAGCGACAGCAGGGACCUCCACAUCAACAGCCAUAUCAGCAAGCACCUGCACAUGCUCAAUACCCACAGCAUAUGUACCAAGGAAACCAGCAACAACAACCACCAGCGCCUAGACGGAACGAGAAUCCUCACAGCCAUCAAUCUCAGCAUCUGAUUCACCCGCAACCAUUGCCUCCACAUGUGCAGAGAGCUGUAUUUACAGGCGGCCCUGUCCAUGCCCCAAUGGUUCCUCCACCACAGCAGACACAGCAGCCGCAGGUAAAUCCAUCAAUCUCCAUUGCUGCUACCAAUCCGCAAUUUCCUGGACUGCAUUCAACAAUGGUUCCCCCAGAGCCAAAGCAAACACCACCAAAGCUCACCAGUCAUUCUCUCGCUCUUCUGAAUGCCUUCAAGAGUCGAGAUCAAGCCGUGGGUGAAACUCCUACUGGUAACGAUCUCCCAUUACCUCAGUUCGAGCAAGAUUCUGUCCAAAAUCACAAACAUUUGCCCCAGGAACUUCCCGCGGAUCCCUCUCAACAGCAAAGAGAGCCUCAUCCCCAGAGUGCACAGAAUUCAACUGGCAACAUGGUAGCACCCCCUCCAGCAUUAGCUGGAAGACAACCUAUCAGUGAAACUCAACGUUCCACAUUGCUUGGUCUAUUCAAAAGUCCUACGAUACCUGCAGCAAUUCCAGCAAGACCACUUGCUGCGACAGCCCUUCCUCCGAGUGGAACUCCCUCGGCUGUUGAGCUGUCAGCGGUUGAACCUCUUUCUACAAACGCCGCAUCAACAUCGGCCCUUCUCAACGAUAAACGAACUCCAGAUCAUGCUGCAAAUAUCGGUACCAAGAUCCAUCAGCCCGCAGGUGCUCAGUUACCCUUUCGGCCAGUUGGUAUCUUGGCUCGUCCUGCAGAAUCAAAUGAGAAGGAGGUUUCCUCACGGAACGGCCCCACGCACAAAGUCCGAUCCAGUGGGAAGAAACAUGCAACUCCGCGUUCGAACGACCUAGAGCCGGUGCAGCACAUUGAGAAGCCUUUCCAACCCCAAAUCUUGAAGCGGCCUCAACCUGGGAUGUCUAUGUCUCCUGAAGGAAUCACUCCCACACAAUCGAGCUUCCCAGUGUCCACUCAGCCUCCACGAAACUCAGUCGAUCAUACACAAAAUUUGCUUUCUAUGUUCCGCAAGGGUCCUGCAGCCGGAACUUCAUUUACGCAAGGUCCAACUGGAGAGCCUCUAAUAUCACUGCCACCUUCGGAUCCGCCAUUUGGCAUAUCUGCAAGAUCCAGAGUCGGGAGUCUUGCAUCUACUGAAGGAGGCCCCCGUCGUGGAAGCCAGACUCCAAUUUCUCCUGCUGACAAGGGGUUCCUAUUGAGCUACUUGGACGCAGUAGCGAACGGUGCUCAGCGUUAA